AUGUCCCCAACUGGAGGUGGGCCUUCAUCUUUAUCCAGAUUCCAAAUCUCAGGAAGGAAAGCUAUGAUGAUGGCGAAGAUGAUCAAGAUGAGGACCGUCGGCGAGCUUUCCACGGGCGAGGUUUCACGCACAGACAAUAGCGUGCCCGGGUGA